GCUAGGCAAAAUCAGCCGGAGCGUGGAGCUACUUCCAGUGGGGUGCAAUAUCUCCGAUUAGUUGGCCCCGCGAGCUGAGCAGCGACGGAUCGUUUUUCGCCCAAGAAAUACGCAUUGAAGCAAUAUGGCAGAAGUAAGACAAGCGGAUAUCGAGGAGUUGUAUAACUUUAUCCACCCCCUGGCCAUCGAAGCCGGCGAGAUCCUCGUGGAGGGCUACGAGAUGGCCAGUAAAAACGUCUCCAUCAAAGGCGAUUUCUACGACGUGGUUACCGACUACGACAACAAGAUCGAGGACUUUUUAAUGGAGAAGAUUUUGGCCAGGUACCCGGAACACAAGUUCAUCGGUGAGGAGGCGACGGCCAAGAACAACAACGUGUCCGGGGAGCUGACGGAUGCUCCAACCUGGAUCAUAGAUCCCAUCGAUGGUACUUCUAACUUUAUCAAACAGAUUCCACACGUUUGCGUCUCAAUCGGUUUGGCGAUCAACAAACAAAUCGUGGUGGGGGUGAUCAACAAUCCUGUUCAGAAAAAGCUCUUCACAACGAAACUGGGUCAAGGCGCCUUUUGCAAUGGCAAACCCAUCCAUGUAAGCAACUGCGAGAGCGUUAAGGAUGCCAAUGUGGCCUACGAAGUGUCCCUGCUGCAUGUCCAUUCGGUGGCCAACAAGCACAUCAAAAGGAUCUACCAUAUGGGAUUAAAUGCCAGACGACUUGUGGCCUACUCUUGUGUGGUGGAUGAGCUGUGCAUGGUGGCCGCUGGCAAUCUGGAUGCCUUCUACAUUGAGGACAUGUAUCCCUGGGACUGUGCCGCCGGUUCCCUGCUGGUUAAGGAGGCGGGAGGCGUGGUAACACACCCCUCUGGCGGACCAUUUGACAUUAUGAAGCCGGAUCUAAUCUGCGCCGGCACGGAGAAGUUGCGCAAGGAAAUCGAAGACCUUCUACGCAAGGGAGACCAGGAGGAGUCCGUAGGAGGGAAGCCGGUGCAGAAGUAAUUUAAGCAAGGCAGGCACGAUCUUAAUUAAAAAGCUUGGGGUCAGCUCACUGUCAAUUGGCGCUCGAAGCUCUUCAACUGCGGAGCUUUUAGAUAUAUUCCAGCUUUGAUCGCCGGCAGCUGUUCCCCGAUACACUUUAAAAAGGCGGGAAAGCAAGGCACUCUCACUUGAGACUUUGAAACUCCACUCCUUAUGAUAAUACCAUAAUUUUAAGCAGUAAGCUGUCAAAUAAAUCAAGAAAGGUUACCUAAAUGGAAAACUUUGUAUUUCUAUACUCUUUUAACAAGUUUCCAAAAUAUCCCAUUUGGUCAUACUUAUAUCCAGAGUCAAAUAUCCCUCUGAAGAAAGGUAGCAAAGCGAUAUUUUCCAUAAAAGUUAAUAUUAAUCCCAUGCAUUACCUAAAGUCAAAAAAGGUUUGUUAAGAAAUCAUUAAUCUUCCAAUUUUGUAUAAUAUGCUAAUUUUAUAGGAUAUAAUAUGAUUCCUUUCUAUUUUUAAAGAUAAAUCUCUAGAUACGCAUAUGUGUUUCUAAAAUUCCCAAAAACAUAAUUGAAAAUCUCUCGCUUCCUAAUAACUGAUGAUAAAAACAAAAUAUCUAAGAAUGAUCAAUGCUUGUACUGAGCUAUUGU